UCGCUGUCUCUAUUUUCCAUCAGCAAAUCUCUUCAUAAAUAGAUCUCUUUGUUACAAUCAAGAUCGAAUAACAGUGGAAAACUAAAACAUUGGAGCAUGGAGACAUACGAUUUCAGUGCAAACAUUGCUGCCAUUGAAUCUCUUUUAGAGAUUAGCGAGACUGAUUUCAGCAAUGAUGCUUCUGAAAUCAUUUUAAUGGACGACGCACAAUUAGAGAUUCCUAUUUCUGAUGUCAUGAUGGACGGAUUUUGUCAAGAGACGGAGAAAUCCUCAGAAAAUAGGAUUCAGGAGCCGCAGCAUAGUGCCUUCAGCGCGUACAUAAAACCUCAAUCAAAGGCCGCUUCGGAUUCUUCGGCAUCCUGUGAGAAUCUGCACAAAAGAUGCUUCAGAUUUCUGAGAAAAAUCGAUGAAGAUAGAAAGGUAGAGGUCAAGAGAUCAAGCCGGUCGGCUUCUGCUGUUGCUCGCAACAAUAAUCAAAAGUUAAAGGCGAAAAAGAAGGAUCAAUCUAAAUCGGCAUUUAAGCACAUGAUUGCAGAGCGCAAUAGGAGAGUUAAAUUGAAAGAGCAUUUCGAGAAUCUUUACGAUCUUCUUCCAAGAAAUUGCAAGAAAGAUAAGCAUUCAAUAUUGGCGAAUAUCACAGACUAUUUGAAAGAACUGAAGCUUCGCGUUUGCGAGCUGGAACAACGGACUGAAAGCGUGGAGGAAUCGAUUCCGAGGAAUUUCUCAAAUAGUGAAGAAGGAAGUCCCGGGUUCGAAUCCCACGACUAUCAUUUCAAUUCAGACAGCCUAUUACUUUACCGCAGUGCCGAUGUGAUUUUGGAGCAAUGCGAUGACAUCCCUUGCCAAGUUAAAGUUAUAAUUAAUGUGCAGAUGACAACUGUUUCUUGCUCAGCAAAUCUACUUCUCAGAGUAAUAGAGCUGUUGAGAGCAAAGCAGUUGGAAAUCCUUUCAGUUUCACAUAAAAAGGGAUUUGGAUUUCAGGCUACUUUGGUCGUAUUACCAAAGGGCGAGGACUGGAAUAUUUCCCACUGGCAAAUUUUCGGGAGUUUAGUCAGCCAGACUCUCAACUGAGUAUUUACAGGAGUGGAUGAUAAUAUUACACUGCAAUAUGAAGUUCUUAUUCCCACCCAGUCUAGAUGAUAAGCAUUUGACAACUUUCCUAUAAUCUGAUUCUGAAAUCUGAUUUUUCAAAGAAGUGACGAUUUUCUUGGAAAUUUCCAAAUUCUGAGGGAAUCGAUCGAUCAAAUCAGAGAAUAGGAGCGUGUCACUUGUAAA